UUCAGCCAGACCAAGCCUCCGCACAUUCGCACAUGGUUUCUUCGUUGAUGGGUGAGCGCGCGACUCGUUAAAGCAUAUCGUCUCAGCGGCAACUCCUCGAGUAAUAGUGGAAUAAGUAUUCACGUAAGAUUCAGAAAUGUUCAAACGCCUGUGUCCAAGUUUUAAAAGGCUACAGGCGCGGACAAAUGCUCACCGAUGGAGUCACACAGCAGCGGUCAAAAAAGCCCUGCAGUAUAAGGCGGGGGACACGAUCGGCGGGUACACGGUGCGCCAGGUUGAAGCAGUCAAAGAACUGCACCUCGCUGCUGUUCGGCUUUUGCAUGAAAAAACAGGCGCGGACUUUCUCCACAUCGCCCGUGAAGAUCGCAACAACCACUUUAGUGUGGCAUUUGCAACGUUACCAACAAACAGCACCGGUGUGCCUCACAUCCUUGAGCACCUGACAUUGUGUGGCUCACAGAAGUACCCCUGCCGUGACCCCUUCAUGAAGAUGCACAACCGAUCGUUGGCUACAUUCAUGAAUGCCAUGACAGGUUGUGAUGUGACAUUCUACCCUUUCUCGACACAAAACAUCAAGGACUAUGAGAACCUUCUGAGAGUUUAUUUAGAUGCUGUGUUUUUCCCACAGCUGACAAAGUUGGAUUUCAUGCAGGAGGGAUGGAGGCUUGAGCAUACUGAUCCCAAGGACAAAUCUUCACCCAUUGUCAUCAAAGGAGUCGUAUACAAUGAAAUGAAAGGAGUUUUUUCCAACUCGAGCAAUGACUUCAACCAGGCCAUCGUUAACAAGCUGUGUCCAAGUGGCGUGUAUGGCCAUGUGAGUGGUGGUCACCCGCUUUCAAUCCCUGACCUCACCUGGGAGCAGCUCAAGGAAUUUCAUGACAAGCACUACCACCCAAGCAAUGCCAGAUUUCUAACCUAUGGUGACUUUCCUAUGGAAAAGACACUGUCACUGAUCGAUGAGUUGGCCUUGUCAAAGUUUGAGAAAAUUGAUAGCAGCCAUGUCAUACCACCUGAGCCAAGGUGGAAAGAACCGAGAAUGGAGACCAUGACUUGCGUUCCAGACCCAUUGGCUGCAAAUCCUGAGAAGCAGUCAACAGUGGCAGUAACAUAUGCAAUGAAUGAUAUCACAGAUACACAGGAAUCAUUUGCCAUGUCAAUACUAAGUCACCUCCUAGUGAAUGGACCUAACUCACCAUUCUACAAGAACUUACUUCAAGCCGGAAUUGGAGCUGACUACACGCCAUCACUUGGGUAUGAUGCCAACUUGAAAGAGGCGUUUUUCUCAGUUGGCUUGCACGGUGUGAGUAAGGCUGACAUUAACAAGGUGACUGACAUAAUCAAUCAGACAUUUGAUGAAGUUAUCAGCACUGGAUUCUCUCAGGAACGCAUUGAUGCUGCCCUUCACUCUGUAGAGCUGAAUUUGAAGCAUCAGACAUCGAACUUUGGCUUGCUCCUGAAUUAUGCAACAGUCGGCAUGUGGAACCAUGGGGGUGACCCUAUCAGAUCACUCAAGGUGAAUGAACACAUUUCUUGGCUGCGGGAGCAACUGGCAAACAAACCACGCUUCUUCCAGGAGAAAGUGCAGCAAUAUUUUAAGGAGAACAAGCACUGUCUGACACUAGUCAUGAAUCCUGAUGAUCAUCAUGAAGAAAAAAUUCGCACCUUAGAACAAAAGAACAUUGACAGGAAGCUGGGAGAACUGGACAGUACAAGCCGAGCCUCAAUUUAUGACAAUGGCCUGAACUUGCUGCAGCACCAGUCCAAGAAGGAGGAUGAGAGCUGCCUGCCUCACCUUCUCCUCGGGGAUGUUGCUCCUACUAUUGAAAUGACCAAGCUCAACCACAUCAAUAUGGGUGGGGUAAACGUGCAGACCACGGAGCAGGCCACCAACGGAGUAACCUAUUUUCGGGCUGUCCUCAAUGCCUCCCACUUGCCUCCUGAAUUGAAGCGCAUGGUUCCACUCCUGUGUGAAGUUGUCACAAAAAUGGGCACACAGGACAAGGACUACCGCCAGUUCUUGCAGGAAGCUGAACUGAAGACGGGCGGCCUGCAUACUUCUGUGCAUAUCUCACCUCACCCCUCUGAGCAUGGUCGUUUUGAGCAGGGUGUGCUGCUGUCAUCACACUGUCUGGAAAAGAACACAGAAGCAAUGUUCUCCCUCUGGAAAGAACUCAUCCUUCGGUUGAAACUGGAGGACGAUGAGCGCUUGAUGCAGCUUGUACAGAUGUGUGCAGCUGGUUUGGCUCAAACACUGGCCGACUCUGGCCACCAUUAUGCUAUGGCACAAGCUGAGAGCUACCUGAAUGCCUGUGCCCAACUCCAGGAAGAGUUUACGGGCAUUUCUCAUAUAACACAGAUGAAAACUUUAGCUGAAGCACCGAGCCUCAAGUAUUUGCUGCCUCAGUUGAAAGCCUUAGCAGAUGCUUUGCUCAAGAAGGAUUCUAUCAGGUGCUCUCUGAAUGCCAGCUCAACCGGUCUCUCAGCUGCUGAAAACAGUCUUGAUGGUCUUCUUUCAUCCAUUCCUGGUGUAUGCACUACAAACUGUCCAGACUAUAUUGCGGAUGCUGACUUCUAUGCCAAAGAACGCAAGAUCCACAUGGUGUUCCCAUUUGGUGUCAACUACUGUGCAAAGAGCUUCAAUGCAGUGCCUUAUGGUCACCCUGAUUACUCUAGUGCCACUGAUGGGUCUUCUGUGCUAGAUAAGAUGCAAAUGGCAUAUUACUUCAUGGAAUGCAACUUCACCCACAUAGACCUUGCUAAGAAGGCAUUGCAACGCAAAUCAAUCUUGUGCGAUUGUCGUGCAGCACUCAUCUGCAAGAACACCGUUGACAAGCCCAUCACCCCAGGUAACCGUGGGGCUGCAGCAUUCCUGCAUGGAGUGACAGAUGAGAUGAGGCAAGAGCACCGGCAGAGGAUCUUUGCCUGCAGCAAAGAUGACAUCAUCUCGGCAGUCAAGAGGUGUGCUGGUGAAAGUGGCUGCACAUCGAGUGUCGCUGUCAUCGGCCCUGAAAAUAAGUUCACAGAGACUGGGAAACACUGGCUUGUCCACAGAGACGGCAGUAAGAAGCCUGGAGAGGAAGUGCAAGAUGGCAAGGAAGCAGGGCAACUAACCAAAGAGUCUGCCGCCCACUCACGAAGAGGCACCUCAUUUUCAAGAAAUGACAGUAGCAGCAGUGAUAGUGACAGCGAUAGUGGCUCCAGCGAAAGCGAUAGUGAUGAGGACACUGAAAGGUUCCUGCUAAAGGUUCAUGGCCUUCCUAGAGAUGUUACGCCAGCGUUGGUUGCCAAGCAUUUAAUGAGAGCAGGCAUUAAGGUGUCUAAGGGCGCCCAGGGUGUCCUCUUGUUGACGAGGAACAACCUAUCCUCCGGCAGCGCAUUCAUUCAGGUGACAUCGAAAGAGGACCAAGAAAGGGCUGUCAGCUAUGCGUGGGGAAGCGCCCAGCUAUCGGGUCGGGGCAUUAACGUCAUCCGGGCGAAAGCGGACGACGUCCGGCGUUAUGUUAUGACAAGACCACCCCCGCCGAGCGCGCUUAAGGACAUUGUCUCCAGCCGUGUUGUGCAUGUCCGCAACCUUGUAGCGGAGACAACAGAGGAGCAACUUAAGGAGUUUUUGUCCCAUUGCAACGUGACGCGAAUAGAGCGUGAACGAUUCGACUCAAACAAAGCUCAGAGAUCAGCAUUCGUCCGAUUCAUGACAACCGAAGAUGCCCAGAGAGCCUUGGCUAUGACCGGCAAAAGGCUGAAAGGGAUGAAGCUGGAGCUGCGGCUCAUCUCGGAAGAUUACGCUGACAGGCUACUGAAAGGAGAUCUUCUGAGCUUGGCAUUGUAUGAUGACAACACGAGUUCACGAAUGCGUGCUCGCAGGUCGCCGACUACCACGCAAAAAAAGGCCAAAGCAUCCGGCGGACGGUGGAUCCCGGACGAGGUGGUGAAGGAGCACGACUUGGAAGAAGUCCUGCAGUCAUCGGAGGGACAACACAAAGUGGUCGCUGAGGGCCUUCCCUUUAGCGUCGCUCAGAUCGGCAACUUUCUCUGGCCCUUGAAGCCGACCAUGGUGGUUCACGUCCGACGCACCGAUGGCGCACUGUCAGCAAAAACGGUGCUCUCGUUCGCUAACCUUGCUGAUGCCCAAGAAGCCGCCAAGAAGAAUGGUCACGUGAUCUUUGGCCGCAUUGUGAAGAUGACACUUGUAACUUCUGGCAUGCCCAGCGGCCGCGAUGAUGGUGAGGCAACCAAAACGACGGCGGCUUCUUCGUCUUAGGCAGUGCCAUGAAGCAGGUUUAGCUCCUCGUAGUGUGUUCUAGCUGUCAUAUUUAGUAUAGGAUCACUACUUUCUAGUUACCAUGUUUUAUGAUUGUGCACAUGCAGCAUGAAGAAGUGCACGGGGAAUGUGCAUUCCACGUGAUCAUGUUCUAGACAUACGCCAUUCACGGCAUAGAUCGAUCGCCUCGGACGAAUAGUACACGUCCCCGACGUUGCGUGGUAAUAGCUCUGCCGUCUGUGUUACUUUAGCUUUUAGACGUACGUGAUCAUGAAGCGGACCCAUGCAAGCACCAGAGUUGGAUCGUACGGUGGGAGUUUUGAAAGAUGAGGCUAGUUAUAUGAAUACGACACAACACAUGACUGCUGUUAGAUAUGUUGUGCAAAAAUGCGUCGCGAAUGCUUCAUUACUGCUUUCAGAACUGGAGCUGGACAGGUUGUGGUAUGAUGGUCUGUCGUGCUUUUGAUGAAUCAACUGCAUAAAAUGUUCUCUGUUGUAUAGUUAGUGUAAAUAACACCUCUCUCGACAACCAUCUGGUCCAGCCUUGUAAGAUCUACCAGCAGCUUAUCCUGAGACCUUCCUUUAACAGCAGCGUGCUUCAAACCGUGUUGUUCAAGACACUCGAUUUGGGGUCACCGAUCCUGCACGAAUGAAGUGACAGCCUGCUACCUAUUGCCUAGCUUGUUUUGGUCGGCACUGGAGUUUCCAUAGCAUGGUGUUCAUCAAUGAUGCAAAUCGCUGGAAAACAUUCUUGCAGAAUAAAGAACAGGUGUUUUUCAUUGCA